GGAGCCCAGCCCCUCCGCCCGCCCCACUUUCCCGUGGGCCUGAGAAGCGGGUCACGGCUGCCCUGGCCCUCCUCCUCCAAGGCACUUUCACUUCCCCGCUCCCGCGCCGCGGGACCCAGCAGAGCUGGAUGAGCCUCGGGGUGGCGCGGUGGAGGGAGCCGCCGCCAGCCCCGGCCGCGCGCCCUGCGGGGCCGCCACACGCGGACGCACCGAGCUCAGUGCUGGGGCAGGGGGGCGUGACCGCCCGCUGAGCCGGCCGGGCCUCGGGCAGCCCUGACGUCACGACCCGCGCACCCUCCACCCCGCGGUAUUUACCUUUGAAAAGUGGCAGCGGCUGCAGGUACCGGAGGAGUGGGGCGGCCGGGAGGGGCUAUGCCUACCGGGGUUCCCCGACGCACCAAUCCGAGCCCAGGGCAAACCCUCUCCCACUCCCAUGCCCCACAGACGCAUCCAAAAUGCUUCCCUCCUCGCCAAACCCGUCCCGAUAGAAUUAGCCCUCUCUCAUCUCUAGCCUUCAUUUAAACUCUAUACUUUUGAGGGUCUGAAAUCUCCAAUUUUAAGCCUCAAAUACCAUCUCAUCCCUGAGUAGUCUUCUCCAACCGUGGUCACCCAGUUUCAAGUCCUGCCCCCAUUUUCCUCCCUGAACUCCCAUCCUCAGCCCUGAAAACCCUCUUCUUGGCUCCUAACCUAUCCACAGAUCCAACCCUAAGUGACUCUUACCUACCCUCUUCUCCAGUUUGUGACCCAGCCCCAAACCCUCUCAUUGCUACCGUGUCCCUCACCAUAUAUCCCUUCCUUUGCUCAGUCUGGGCCGGGGCCCUGUGUCCCUGAAGACAUGGAGUUUGUGUCUGGAUACCGGGAUGAGUUCCUUGAUUUCGCUGCCCUUCUGUUUGGCUGGUUCCGAAAGUUUGUAGCAGAGCGUGGGGCUGUAGGGACCAGCCUGGAGGGCCGCUGGCGACAGCUGGAGGCCCGGAUCAGAAGGCUGCCCCAGGACCCUGCCCUUUGGGCGCUCCAUGUCUUGCACAACCGUAGUGUGGGCAUCAGCCUGGGGCAAGGGGCAGAGCCAGGGCCUGGACCAGGCCUGGGGGCUGCCCGACUCUUGGGAGACGACCCUCCACUCCACCUUCGAGACCUGAGCCCCUACAUCAGCUUUGUCAGCCUAGAGGAUGGAGAGGAAGGGGAGGAGGAAGAGGAGGAAGAUGAAGAAGAAAAGAAGAGAGAGGAGAGGGGUGCAGGCACAGAGAAGGUGGAACCAGAGGAGGAUCGGGAGCUAGCCCCUACCAGCAGGGAGUCCCCCCAGGAAGUAAACCCUCCAGGAGAGUCAGAGGAGGCUGAGCAGGAGGCAGGAGGUGGUGAGGAUGGCUGCCGAGAGAACAGGGCGGAGGACAAAACAAGACCCCAGAAGAGGAAGGGACUGAGGAGUGAGGCUGCCCCCCUGCACCUUUCCUGUCUCUUACUGGUGACGGAUGAGCAUGGCACCAUCUUGGGCAUUGAUCUGCUGGUGGAUGGAGCCCAGGGGACUGGAAGCUGGGGCUCAGGGACUGAGAACCUGGCUCCUCGGGCCUAUGUGCUCCUCUGUCACAGCAUGGCCUGUCCCAUGGGCUCCGGGGACCCCCGAAAGCCCCGACAGCUUACUGUGGGAGAUGCCCGGCUGCAUCGAGAGCUGGAGAGCUUGGUCCCAAGGCUAGGUGUGAAGUUAGCCAAGACCCCAAUGCGGACAUGGGGUCCCCGACCAGGCUUCACCUUUGCUUCCCUUCGUGCUCGAACCUGCCACGUUUGUCACAGGCACAGCUUUGAAGUGAAGCUGACACCCUGCCCCCAGUGUAGUGCUGUCUUGUAUUGUGGAGAGGCUUGUCUCCAGGCUGACUGGCAGCGGUGCCCAGACGAUGUGAGCCACCGAUUUUGGUGCCCAAAGCUUGCAGCCUUCGUGGAGCGGGCAGGAGAACUGGCAGCCCUGCCUUUUACCUACACCACAGGAGAUCCCUACCAGCUUCUCCAGGGGGAUGGGCCUGCCAUAAUGCCUCCUGUGCCCCCAGACCCACCGCGGGGUCUUUUUGGCUCAUGGCAGGAUUACUACACAUGGCGGGGCCUCAGCUUGGACUCCCCCAUGGCUGUGCUUCUCACCUACCCGCUGACUGUGUACUACGUCAUCACACACCUGGUGCCCCAGUCCUUCCCUGAGCUUAACAUCCAGAACAAACAGUCACUGAAGAUCCACGUGGUGGAGGCUGGGAAGGAGUUUGACCUUGUCAUGGUUUUUUGGGAGCUCUUGGUCCUGCUCCCCCAUGUGGCCCUGGAGCUGCAGUUUGUAGGUGAUGGCCUGCCCCCCGAAAGUGACCAGCAGCAUUUUACCUUGCAGAGGGAUGGCCCUGAGGUGUCUGUCCGGAAUGGUUCUGGCGUAUCAGCACGGCCCAGCUCUGGCACUAAGGAGAAGGGGAGCCGCAGGGACCUGCAGAUCAAGGUGUCAGCAAGGCCCUACCACCUGCUCCAGGGGCCCAAGCCCGACCUGGUUAUUGGAUUUAACUCUGGAUUUGGUCUCAAGGAUACAUGGCUGAGCUCUCUGCCCCGCCUGCAGUCCCUUCGAGUGCCAGCCUUCUUCACCGAGAGCAGCGAGUAUGGCUGCGUGAUGGACGGCCAGACCAUGGCGGUGGCCACUGGAGGGGGCACUAGCCGUCCCCAGCUCAACCCCUUCCGCUCCCCCUUUCGCCUCAGAGCGGCCGACAACUGCAUGCCCUGGUACUGCAACGCCUUCAUCUUCCACCUGGUUUACAAGCCUGCGCAAGGGAGCGGGGCCCGCCCGGCUCCCGGCCCCGCACCGCCGUCCCCAACUCCCUCCGUUCCUCCCGCCCGCACCCGAAGGCGCCGAGGAGAAAAGAAACCGGGGCGGGGGGCCCGCCGGCGGAGAUAAAUGCGGAGACAGUAGUAGUCCCCCCUCCCAAACACGCUCCGAAAGGAAAACGUGAAAACUCUCAGGGCCGAGGGGAAGGACAGGUUGGUAAAACACGAAAAGGUAAAUAAAAUUACUUGUUUGACACCA